AUGGGUGGCGAAAAGACACUAUCUUUGACAGAGCUACUACAACAAUCACGUCAAUUAAAUGCACAACUUGGCUCGCGUGCCGAUCUUCCAAACAUUCAUUUAGGAUUAGAUCAAAUCGAAGCUCAAUCUCGCAAAAUCGCUCAAACUCGAGCUACUCCUUUUGCAUUGGGUGCUAACAAUGAUUCAAAGGCACACUACUUCUUGGCCAAUGGAGGUAUUGAUGCCAGUGGGCUAGCAGAUACAAUCAAUCAAACCAACAUUGCCAAUGCUUUCGAACCCUUACAGCCAAUGUCCGAUACCGAUGUAGACUCUUAUUUACGUCAUUCUCGCGAACAAAUCAUUUUAUCCGCCAUCGAAGAAAGUCGACGAGAGACAAUGGCAGACUUUCAUAGAAACCUGGCAAAAGCACAAACACGGGACUGGGAAGCACAAAAGGUUCGCAUCUUGGAGGAACUUGGACAACAUACACACUACGGAGGUGGACAACAAAGCUCUUCUCGUCUCGGAAUGAGCACUUCCAGGAACUUUUCACAAUCUUCUGGUAUCACCGUUGGCGGUGCACGAUCAGGCAAAUAUUUGGCAGUGGUGGAACGAUUGAAUGCUCAUCGAAUCGAUUCUGUUCCUUUUGCUAUCGCCUCAGCGCUAGGAGAGGCAGCCAGAUCUUCGCUUACUGCUCCAGCCUCUGGAGUCGAUUCAACUUUCUCGCAAGACUUGUACGAAAGCUGGCUUGCUCUAGCAAGUUUGGUUGGAGAAGAAAAUGUGGUGGAUGGAGAAUUUUUACGGGAUGCUAUUCGUGAACGACAAUAUGCUGCCGCCUAUUUGGGUAAUGCUUCCUCUACUGCCGCUGCUUGGCUAGGUCGGGAAGGAAGAGAUCUACGCACAUGUUUGACGAGUGGUGCACUGAAAUACCUGCAAAAGUACUUUAACAACCUCAUCGAUGCACGUAUCGCAAGCAAUCCCAUCAAAGCACAAUUGGGUGGCAAGCCAACUACAUUGGGUAAAAUCGUUGCAUUCGAGCGUGUUGCAUUUGCCGAUCGCGAUGGAAGAUGGCCCAGUGAGCUUGAAGUUAUUCAGACUGAACACGGAUCUACCCCUGUUUGGGCUACAAUCUUCUAUCUCUUAAGCACUGGCAACGAAAAGGAAGCGUUGGAAUUCGUGAUCAAGAAUGAAGAUGCUAUCCGGUCUUUGGAUAGUACAACAGGCGGUGCAGGUGGCUUUUCCUCAUACUUCCAAGCAUGGCUAGGAAAUGCAGAUCACAUUCUUUCCAAGCCUAUUCGUGAUCGAUUUGUGACAGAGUACAAUAGUCGUUUCCGAGGCACGUUUGGCGGAGAUACGAUUGAUGGCUUCAAAUUGACAUUGUUCAAAUUGAUUGGUCGAAUUGAUAUCAAUAAGAACUUCCCUUCUGUCGUAUCAAAGGAUACCGAGACAUGGCUUUGGGUGCAAUUGAACCUCGUACGUGAAACAACAGUGGAAGAGGCCAGUUCGGAAUUCGGUGAUGCUUUACGUGAUCGUUUAACAUUGGAGGACCUUGGAUCGCGAGUGGUCAAGCUUGGUGAGCGUCACUUUGACCCCAAGAACAAUCGACCGAUUCACUACUUCACAAUUUUGCUUCUCUCGGGUCAAUUUGAACGUGCUAUUGCACACUUAUAUUCACGUUCUCAAUACCAAGUCGAUGCAGUCAAUUUUGCAUCUGCGUUGACAUAUUAUGGAUUAUUGAGGGUGCCAAGUCUUGAAAAAGCUUCGCAUGCAAUGAUCCUUACUUCAACGGUCGAUGCUACAACGGGACAAGAGAUCAUGAUGUUGGAUUUUGCCAAGUUGAUCCAAAAGUACGUUCGACUCUUCUCUAGAACGGAUGUGAAGGGAGCACUACAGUAUAUUUAUUUGAUCUGCUUGAAUGCAGAUUGUGCAUCUCCGAUCAAGGAAGAGCAAAUUGCCAAAUGUCACGAAUUGAUUCGUGCUUUGGUGAUUGAGACCAGACAAUAUUUCGAAUUGUUGGGCGAUGUACGAAAUGAUGGGGUAAAGACACCGGGUGUGAUUGAAAACAGUCUAUCGUUGAUCAAAUUGGCAGACUCGAAAGAGUUCUUGACAAAUAUUGUUGGAGCGGCAGCUGCACAAAGUGAAGCGGAGAAUCGUACAAAAGACGCAAUUUUGCUCUACAAUAUCGCCGAGGAGUAUGAUCGUGUUUUGGACGUGGUUAAUCGUCAAUUAGGCGUGUCUUUGAUUGAACCACCUACCCGUGCGAGCCAAGAAACCAUUUCACCUGAUUCAUCACUUACAAAGGUUGACGAUAUUGCACAAUUGGCAAAGGCGAUCUUACAAAGUUAUGAAAGACAAAAUCAAAUCUUACGCUUAGUCUCACGCAAGAAACGUGAAACAUGUCAAACGCUAUUGACUCUGAAAGAAUGCUUUGAUUUGUUCUCUCGUAAUGAGCUAGAGAAAUCGUUGAGCACGAUUGAAUCGUUGGAUUUGAUUCCCUUGCAUGGCGAUAUGGUUACCAUUACGCGAAAAGCUGAAUCGUUCAAGGAUGUGGAUGAAGGAAUAGCCAAGAAUUUAUCCGAGAUUUUACUGUUGGUGAUGAAUUGCAUUUCCAAAUUAUAUCAAACACUUAAAUCAUCACCAUUUGGUGAUUCGAACAGACAUCAAAGGUUGGCAGAUUAUCGAAGUAUGGCACGGGGGUUGAUGUUAUUCGCUGGAAUGUUACGAUUACGCAUUGAGCCUAGCACAUUUGCGCAGUUGACCAGACUUGAUGUAUAUUUACACUGAUGGCAAUGAAAUGCAAUCUUCUUUCACAAAAACCGGAGCCGAAAAUGAAUGAUAGACUGCACUGCAUACAUGCAUUUUAGCUUGCUUUCUUUUCGAGACUGUGCUGGCGCAGCGCAAGGCAGGAAAGCCUUACAACGGAUUUUAUAGAUCGGUCUUUUAAGCUCAUCCAUCUGUGAGAUGUCUGCAUCCUUCCAAAAAGAGCGCAAGUAGCAUAAGCUCUCUGUCGAUCACGUAAUCAGCUUUUUUAGAGAUUAUCCGCACUUUUUCAUCGGUAAUUUAAUUAAAAAUGAAAUAAUCUCCUCCGAUCAUUAUCCGCGUAAAGGGGAGGAGAUGUAUGAUGAUGUAUGCAAGAGAUGCCUUUUUGAUCUUUGCUAUGCAAAGGGACCACCCUUUCUUGUGAACUACAGCAGAACGGCAUUUGGGAAGCCG